AUGCGACCUCAACUCCUGUUGUCGGCGAUACUGGCUGCGAGACAAGCCACCGCGGCUCAUUCCGGGUUUGGCGGCUUCGACGGUUUUCACGAUGGUGUGCAGAGGCCGUUGACGGCAGCAGGUCCUGAUCGUGAGGGAUUGGUCGCUGGGAUUCGGCUGGAUGCGCAGAGUCCGGCGUCUUGCGCUGCUUGUGAGGUUAUUCUGCUGCAGUUGAAGAUUGCGGCCGCGAGAGGUGAUGACUUCUUCGUGCGUGUCACUACGGAGAUAUGUAAGCGGCUUGCGCUCCAAGACGACGACGUCUGCGAGGGCUCCAUUGCCCUGGAGGGUCCGAUCGUAGCACAUGGCCUGCGCGGCAUCGCAGUCGGAUCCAAGACGUCGUGGUUAGCCUGUGUGGCGUUCAUGGGGUUGUGCUCGUAUCCCAAGGUCGAGCAGCGAAACGUGUCGUUUCCCUCACCGAAACCGUCUUCGGCGCCGGCGGCUGGUAUUAGAGGACGGAGGAAACCGCUGCGUUUUGUGCAUUACUCGGAUAUCCAUGUUGAUCCGUUCUAUGUCGAGGGUGCUGAGGCGAAUUGCUCGAAGCCUAUUUGUUGCAGAAACUACUCUGACCUUGAUGGGCUUGACGGCAAUACGUAUCCCGCUGGACCCAAUGGCGAGCAUACGUGCGAUGCACCCAUCAGUCUGGAAGAAAGCAUGUACGCUGCCAUACAAGAUAUCGUACCAGGUGCGGCUUUCAGUAUCUUCACUGGCGACAUAGUCGACCAUGCCGUAUGGAAUACGAGCAAGGCUCAGAACACCCUCGACAUCACUGGCAGCUACGGCCGCAUGGACAAGGCCGUGAUGCUUGUCUACGGCACCGCUGGCAACCACGAGGCUUCGCCAUCAAACUCGUACCCACCGACGGCAGUCAAUCAUGAUGCACAGUGGUUGUACGAUGUCCUGUCAUCAACAUGGUCCCGAUGGAUCGGGCCCAAGGCCGCAGACACGACAAAGGAGUUUGGGGGCUACUCGGUGAAGCACCCAGACAGUAGAUUGAGAGUGAUAUCGCUCAGUACAAAUAUGUACUAUACUCACAACUACUGGCUUUACGAGGAACCUAUGGAAGAGGACCCGAGUGGUCAGUUCGCCUGGCUCAUUUCCGAGCUCGAUGCCGCCGAGAAGGCAGCCGAGCGGGUUUACAUCAUUGGCCAUAUGCCCAUGGGCGGUGGGGACUCGUUUCAUGAUGCGUCGAACUACUUUGAUCAGAUUGUGAACCGUUACUCGUCGACUAUCGCUUCUUUGUUCUUCGGACACACACAUCUCGACGAGUUCGAGGUCUCAUACUCUGACUACGGCAACCGUAAUUUCUCGAACGCUGUGGCAAUGUCCUACAUCGCACCCUCCAUGACGCCAACCUCGGGCCAUCCCACCUUCCGCGUCUACACCGUCGACCCGGACACCUUUGGCGUCUUGGAUGCGACGACAUACAUCGCCAACAUGAGCAAUCCGGCCUUCCAGACCACCGGCCCUGUGUGGACAAAGUACUACUCGGCCAGAGAAGCCUACGGGCCACUCGUCACGCCACCCCUAGCGGAGGAGGAAGACGAAGAACUAACACCGGCCUUCUGGCACAACGUCACAGAGGCUCUGGAGCAGGACCCCACGGCAUUCGAGGCGUACUGGGCCAGGAAGCGCCGGGGGUGGGAGGUAGACGACUGCGACGAGCAGUGCGCUGAGCACGAGAUUUGUAAGCUUAGGGCUGGCCGGGCGCAGGAUAAUUGUGUGGUACCGGGUAUUAAGAAAGACCUGGUGAGGAGACCGCCGAAGCCGCAUGGCCUUGCGGAUGAGUGCACGGGUUCGGUCACGGCGGAUGUGUUGGGGGCGAUGGCGCGUGAUGGGGAUGCGUUGGGGCUGUUUGGGAGGAUAGUUGCUGAGAGUGAUGGGGUGGGGGAUUUGAGGUAG